GCCGAUACCCUCGGAAUCGCCAUUGCCGGCCUUCAUGUCUCACCCAAAACCCCUGUUUCCCUCUUCCGGCUAGUCCCCGUGUUCUCAUCAUUUGGCUGACAAGACGAGGCUCGGUCGAAAGAAGAACUAGACCAUCGUUCGGUAGCCAAGAAGACAUGCAAGAAAAAGAGAGUAGGAAUUGACCCCACGGAAGAAUGACCCAUUCAGGAUGAAGGCAUGGUACAUUAUAAAUAUUUACAGUAAGCAGAGAGUGUUACUAGUAUUCUCUUUUGGGUCUGCAAAUAACGAGAAAGCAGCUGUAAUUGAUGAUGGGAUAUUCUAUGGAGCAAAUGUUGAUAAGAUAUUUAAUAAAGAGCAAUGGGAUGAAAAGAUAUCAGAAGCAAAGAAGGAUGGCAAGAUGGUCAUAGUGAAUUUCAGCUCUGCUUGGUGUGAUCCAUGUCGAGUGAUUGCACCUUUUUUUGCCGAACUAUCUGCAAAAUACCCUUCAUUUAUUUUCUUGGCAAUUGAUGUCGAUCAACUCUCAGAUUUUUCGGCAUCAUGGGAUAUCCAAGCAACUCCAACAUUCUUUUUCCUCAAGGAUGGGCAGACGUUGGACAAGCUCGUCGGUUCAGAAAAUAUGGAGCUCGAGAAGAAAUUAAUUGAGUUUGUUAAUGGAUCCAUUAACCGCGAGAGAUCACUCGAGUCAGACCUACAUUAGCGUAUCAAGUGUUGUGCCAUUUGCCCUGACCACAAAACAUAAUUGACAUCAUAAUGUUGUUUGCAUUCUAGCAGAGACCAAACAAAUAGGAUACAUCAGUACUGGUCGAUGAUACAAUAACCUGAGAUUUUAUCUUGUAACGGUUGUUAGAUGUCUUCGUCAACCACUUGUUGGGCUCCCUUGAGAUCUAUCAAGCAAUUGUAUCAACUUUCUGAGUGUUGUAAUGCACCAAAAAAUGAAUGUAAAAAACAAAUGGCUAUGGAAGAUGCUGCAAUAAAGACAUGAUGUGCACUGUGAGGUGAAAGAUCAGUGUUGUUUGUGGUGA